AUGGCGCUGGCGACAGCUGUACAGAUUGCGUUGCUGUUGCAGCUGCUGAGUGCCGUCCACACCAGUCCGGCAGUCACCACGCCAGAGGUGUCUCCGUGGGCAAUCACCACGCCGGAGCUGUCCACCGUCACCCCGUGGGCAAUCUGCACGGCACCUAAUGAGACCAUCUGCACCAGCGACUGCUCGCAGGUAGUGUUGUGUUUAGGCGAUGGUACAGGUGGGUACAUUCCUACGGUGGUGGCAACAUGUGAAUCCAACACGAGGUGCAGCACGGAGCAGGCCGAUUGCGUUGCAAAAGAGGAUUCUGACUGCCACCCGCCCGCCGACUUCGCGUGCCACGACGUCGGGUUCUUCCCUGACCCCUACGACUGCCAGAGGUUUCACGUCUGCACUGAAGUCAACGCAGAUUCUGAAUCUUUUUCGUGCUCUGGCGCUACGGCGUACAAUCCUCUGACAGCAGACUGCAGUUUUGCUUCUGAUAUUAAUCCGUCUGCAAGACUUCUCAGACAAAACUCGCUUUAUGUUGCCAGCCUGACGAAAUCCGACCGAGUGUGCACGGAAGGCCCUGUUGUGCCUUGCUCUCAGCCGGGGCAGAUUGGUAUUGUUCCAGAGAACCCCGCCAUCUACUACAUUUGCGUGAAGCAGGAAGACGAAAUCGUCCCGGAAAUGUACAGAUGUCCUGGCAGCCAGAUCUUUGACACUGCCGUUGCUGCGUAA